AUGCAUUUACCAUCACUCGUUUCACUUGCUGCUCUUUGGGUAAGCACUGGCCUCUUUGCGCAGGGCAAAGUGCACAAAGCAAAAAUCUACAAGAAUGAAGGACUUGAACCUGCGGAAAACCCUUUUUUUAGUCCCAUUGAAUUUGAGAACCAUGUAGCAACGCUUGGACAGAAGUACCUACUGCAGUUUGAACGUGCGUACCCUGAGGUGGAGUUUUCCAGAGAGCACCCCUUCUUUGCGGAAAGCGGACAUGACGUGCCACUAAGCAACUACUUGAACGCCCAGUAUUUCACCGAGAUUUCACUUGGAACGCCUCCGCAGCCAUUCAAGGUCAUCUUGGACACCGGGUCCUCGAACCUGUGGGUUCCUAGCGCGGAGUGCGGGUCGUUGGCGUGCUUUUUGCACUCCAAGUACGACCACGACGCUUCUUCGUCGUACAAGGCCAACGGAUCAACAUUUGCCAUCCAGUACGGCUCUGGGUCUUUAGAGGGCUACAUUUCGCAAGACACCCUGUCGAUCGGAGACUUGACCAUCCCCAAGCAGGACUUUGCGGAGGCCACUGCGGAACCCGGUCUGGCCUUUGCGUUCGGUAAGUUCGACGGUAUCUUGGGUUUGGCGUACGACACAAUUUCCGUGAAUAAGAUCGUGCCCCCAGUGUACAAGGCGCUACACGACGGUCUCUUGGACGAGCCCAAGUUUGCCUUCUAUUUGAACGACGCAGACAAGUCGGAACAGGGCGGUGAGGCUACUUUUGGUGGAAUUGACAAGUCCAAGUACAAGGGCGACAUUACAUGGCUCCCAGUUCGCCGUAAGGCCUACUGGGAGGUCAAGUUUGACGGUAUCGGAUUAGGCGACGAAUACGCCGAGCUCCAGGGUACCGGCGCUGCUAUCGACACCGGUACCUCGCUCAUUGCGUUGCCAUCGGGUCUAGCAGAGGUUUUGAACGCCGAAAUUGGUGCCAAGAAAGGUUGGACCGGUCAAUACACCGUGGACUGUGACUCCAGAGACCAAUUGCCCGACUUAACCUUCACUUUUGAUGGCUACAACUUCACCAUAACGCCAUAUGACUACACCUUGGAAGCCUCUGGUUCGUGUAUCUCUGCAUUCACGCCUAUGGACUUCCCAGAGCCCGUUGGUCCUUUGGCCAUCGUUGGUGAUGCCUUCUUGCGCAAGUUUUACUCCGUCUACGACUUGGGCAACGAUGCAGUUGGUUUGGCUACCGCUGCUUAA